AUGAUCGAAAUCUAUUGUACUAAUGUGUAUGAUGGAACACGAUAUGAUUGUGGUAUGUGUAUUGGAGCUGAUGAUCUUUGGUCACAAACACGAAAGUUUGUACACGAUGAUCGAGAACCGAUUAAUCUUGGAUAUGUAGCGUAUCGUGGUUCAGUGCCAAUAGAACAAGUAUUAGAGAAAGCCGAUAGAGAGAAUGUACUGUUUUAUGUCAGAUCGGAAAUGCAUCUCUUUAAUGUCCUAUGUGUGUACAGACGAGCGGGGGCAGAAGAAGAGUUAAAUGAAUGUUUCGGUAGUGCUAGUUGUUGUGCACCAGCGAGAAAUGCUUUACCUCAAUUGAAAACAAAUUUUCAUUGGUCAGUGUACUAUCGGGAACCACUAUCAGAAUGGAGUCGUGGUCGUUUAGUGUCAUUAGGUGAUGCUGCUCAUUCGAUGUUGCCAUACGCUGCACCGGGCGUGGCUCAAGCUUUAGAAGAUGCUGCCACUUUAGUUGCAGCUUAUUCGAAAUACGGUGCCAAAGAUAUUUUAUCACUGUUUAAAACAUACGAACAAGAACGUAUACCACGUUCGGCGAGAGUUGCUCAGUUUAAUGCUUUAAAGGUGUUGUACUUAUUGUCAAUUUAA